AUGCUGUACGAGAUUUUCAACGCCGUAGGGCCUGUAGCCUCCAUCCGUGUCUGCCGCGACAGCGUGAAGCGAAAGUCGCUGGGGUACGCAUAUGUCAACUUCCGGAACGUGGAGGACGCGGAGAAGGCGCUGGACACGCUGAACUACUCCAGCAUCAGGGGCCGCUCGUGCAGGAUCAUGUGGAGCCAGCGCGACCCCAGCGGGCGCAAGGGCAUCCCCGGCAACAUCUACGUGAAGAAUUUGGACGAUUUGAGCAUCGACAACAAGGCCCUGUUCGACACGUUCAGCCUCUUCGGCAGCAUCGUCUCUUGCAAGGUCGCCUCCAGCCCGGAGGGGAAGUCGUACGGCUACGGCUUCGUCCACUACGAGACCGACGAGGCGGCGCAGCAGGCGGUGGAGCGCGUGAACGGGAUGCAGAUCGGCGAGAAGACGGUCCUCGUGAGCCGCCUGGUCAAGCGUGAAGAGAGGACGCCGGCCAGUGUCACCGAGUACACGAACUUGUACGUCAAGGGCUUCCCCGACGACUGGGAUGAGGACAAACUUCGAGAGGAGAGGGCUGGGCAAGUGCGGGCCCAUCAGGGCAAGCGCGCUGAGGACCGACAAGCGGGGCCGCAGGAUGGCCUUCGUGGACUUCGAGACGACGGAGGAUGCCCAGAAGUGCGUCGCGGAGAUCCGCUUCCAACAUGA